AUGGAUAAUUAUGUGCCAAAUCCAGUCAAUAAGGACAAAGAGUGGUCAGAAUUUAUUACCAAGAACACCAAGGAGACUGUAGAUAAUCUGUCAAACGAUUUGAAUACUCAAAAUCAAGAAACAGUGGAGACACGAGUAAGUAACGACUCUGUUGACAAUGACACUGAUGAUGAGUGGUGUGAAGUAACUGAACGACCAUCAGGUGUUAUGGUUACAUUAUUACAAGAACCUGACAUUACUCAAGAUGGUGAUAAAAUAAUCAGUUUUGCACCAGGAGAAGGAAAUAGACCACUUGGUAUAUUUAUAGAUAAAGAUGCUGAAUUUCUGUCUUUCCCUACCACUUACUGUGGCAAACAUCAAGCUGAUAACAGUGAAAGACUUGUGCCUGUUCACUAGUCGAGAUCGAAGAGUUGCUCAAUCUGUGCCAAACAUUUUUUAUAAAUUAAAAAAAUUACAGAUCAGACAAAUCCAAGGAAGUGCAAGUUUAUCAUUGCGUAAAUGUAAAACCAAAGGUAAAACGUACACAGCAGGAGAUUUGAAGUGUGAAAGUUUUGUUAAUAAGCUAAUCAAUUUGGAUGAAGGAUUCAGAGUUUUAAGAAAUUUACGCGGUUCCCCUCCAUGGUUCUGUUCAUUUUCAGCUGCUGAAACGCGUUGGAUUUAUUUGAUCAAAAUUCUUGGUCGUCUUAUUGACAACAAACACUAUACUGACGAUGAGGUUAAGCAAAUGACUUGGCAAAAGAAGUCUGAAUUGAUACAGAAAGAUCCA